AUGGCGACGGAGACAUGUAGUCUCUUGUCGGUCGGACAAUCUGAAUAUGGCGCUGCGCCAUCAAUGAUUUCGGCACUCGAAGCUGUCGAUCCUGUGACGUUAACCUGGCACAAUAUUUCAAUUCAAGCUCGAAAGUCUGGAAAACGAAUUCUCGAAAAUGUGUCUGGUAUUGCCAAGCCCGGGCAAUUGCUAGCGUUGAUGGGAGCCAGUGGUGCCGGAAAAACAACUCUAUUGAAUAUGCUACUUUCCCGAAACUUGAAAGGACUCGAUACGAAUGGAAGUGUUAAAGUGAACGGUCAUGAGUUGGGUCGAAGAAUCACUGCGAUUUCAGGAUAUGCGCAACAAGAUGAACUCUUUGUGGGAACGUUAACUGUGAAAGAGUACCUGGACAUUCAGGCAAAACUACGUGUGAAUGGUGAUGCUGAUAAACGGAGGCGUCGAGUAGCGAACGUAAUGUCUCAAUUGGGAUUAUAUAAGUGUCAGAACACAAGAAUCGGAGCUAUCGGAGGGCAAAAAGGAAUUUCGGGUGGUGAAAUGCGUCGUCUAACAUUUGCAUGUGAGCUUCUUUCAAAUCCAUCCGUACUCUUCUGUGAUGAGCCAACAACUGGACUCGAUUCUUUUAUGGCUGAAAGUGUUGUUCAAGUCCUCUCCACUCUGGCGAAAUCCGGAAGAACUGUCAUAUGCACUAUUCAUCAACCUUCCUCGCAACUGUACCUAAUGUUCGAUAGGGUUAUGUUCAUGGCUGGAGGAAAGACAGCAUUCUUAGGAUCACCGAAAGACGCAAUUCAGGUUGAAACCAGACUCAUUAGAUCGAUUUCCAAUGACUUCUUUCAGUUCUUCGAAGAUGCUGGAUUCACAUGCCCGCGAAACUUCAAUCCAGCCGAUUUAAUCAUUCAUACUCUCGCAGUUAUGCCAAAUGAAGAGGAUAAGUGUCGACAGAGAAUUGAAGUUAUUUGUACAAAAUUUCAAAACAGCUCAUAUGGUCGUACGUUGAAGAUUGGUGUUGAGAAGACUGAUGAAGGACAGAGACCAUCAGAACGGAGAAAGACUGGAAUACUGACACAAAUCGGAGCUCUUUUACAAAGAUCAGCAAUCGACACGUGGAGGAAUCCAUCACUGACGAGAGCCAAAGUGAUUCAAAAAAGUAUUAUGGGAUUGUUCGUAGGAUUACUGUAUCUUCAGAGUCCAUUGACAUCGAUCGGAAUUUCAAAUUUGAAUGGAGCACUUUUCUAUCUAGUUUGCGAGCUGACCUAUUCUACAAUCUUUGGUAUUCUGAAUUUUCUUCCAACCGAUUUUCCAUUAGUCUCUCGUGAAUACCAUGAUGGUCUCUAUUCCGUUUUCUCAUAUUAUGUGGCCCGUUGUCUUUCGUAUCUUCCUCUUUUCACUGCUGAUGGUCUGAUUAUGCUUCUCGUUUCGUAUUGGCUCGUCGGUUUCUCAAACUCUCUGGUUCAGGUACUCUUUGCUUGUCUCAUUGCCUUCCUCAUCGAGCAAUCCUCUUCUGCAUGCGGAAUUAUGAUUUCUUGCAUUUCACCUUCUCUUCCGAUUGCCAUGUCCACUGCUGGUCCAUUACUUACUCUUCUAUCGUUAACUGGUGGACUCUACGCGAAUGUCGGUGCCUUGCCCUCGUACAUUUCAUGGAUUCAGUACCUAUCUUGGUUUAGAUACGGUUUCGAAGCUUUCGCAAUCAAUCAAUGGAGCAGUGUCAACGAGCCAAACAGUACCAUUUGGACUGAAGCGAAACGCGACUCUGUUCUGUCUCAGUUGUCUUUCCAUGCCGAUAUGUUCUAUCCCGAUCUCGUAAUUAUGUCCGCAUUCAUCCUCGUAUUCUACUCCAUCGGAUAUCUUGGUUUAGCCUACCGAGUGAGCAAGGCUCGAUAA